AAAGCCGCGGUCUCCCUAUUGAGCGCAGCCAUCCCGAGGCAGAAGCACGGGAGAAGAGGCACCAUGCACUUGCCUCCUCGCAAGUUCUUCCAUCUCCUGCUCCAGGCUCUGGCGGCUCUCUGCAGCCGGCUGGCCCUCCUCUGCUUUUGGGGCCCGCUCCGCCGCAGAGUCUCCCCGAGCUUGCCUCCGGAGCCGGCCGCCAUUCCCCCGCCGGUGCCGCUCAGCGUCAACUACCACUUCACCCGCCAGUGCAACUACAAGUGCGGCUUCUGCUUUCACACCGCCAAGACUUCCUUCGUCCUGCCGCUCCAGGUGGCUAAGAAGGGGCUCCGAUUGCUCAAAGACGCGGGUAUGGAGAAAAUAAACUUCUCAGGUGGUGAACCGUUUCUGCAUGAGCGAGGCGAGUUUGUCGGAAAGCUGGUCCGAUUUUGCAAGGAGGAACUAAAGUUGCGGAGUGUUAGCAUUGUGACCAAUGGCAGUAUGGUUAAGGAGAGAUGGUUCAAAAAUUAUGGGGAAUAUCUAGAUAUUCUUGCUGUAUCUUGUGAUAGCUUCAAUGAAGAAGUCAAUGUUUUAAUUGGCCGUGGGCAAGGAAAGAAAAAUCAUGUUGAAAAUCUUGAAAAACUGAAGAUGUGGUGCCAAAAAUACAAUGUUGCUUUCAAGAUAAAUUCCGUGAUCAAUCGUUUCAAUGUGGAAGAAGACAUGAAUGAGAAGAUCAAAGCUCUAAAUCCUGUCCGCUGGAAGAUAUUUCAGUGCUUGCUCAUUGAAGGAGAAAAUACAGGGGAAGAAUCUCUGAGAGAAGCUGAAAGAUUCAUCAUCAGUGAUGAAGAUUUUGAACGAUUUGUGCACCGUCAUAAAGAUCUCCCAUGCUUAGUCCCUGAAUCUAAUCAAAAGAUGAGAGAUUCCUACUUAAUUCUGGAUGAAUAUAUGCGUUUUCUCAACUGUGUCAAUGGCCGGAAAGAGCCUUCUCGAUCAAUCCUGGAUGUGGGGGUAAAAAAUGCUAUACAAUGCAGUGGCUUUGAUGAAAAUAUGUUCUUCAAGCGAGGUGGCAAAUAUGUCUGGAGCAAAGCAGACAUGGCACUGCAGUGGUGAUCCAACUUGUUAUUUGCUGGAAACAUCUGCAAGCACAAACUGUACUCAUUUUACUCUCCUCUUCGGAGAAAGAUGCUUAAUGUUUUUUUGGGGUUUUUUUUGAAAGACACCGUCCUGCAUUCUAGAUACCAGAGGUGGAUGCUAUGUCAAUGCUGCUUUUAUGCAAAAAUAAAGUGUCAUAUUUUGUUCACAAACAAUGAAUUGUACCAGCACAGAACGUGCUGGCUUUAGAAAGAUACUUGUCCAAUAGUCAAACAUGCAAUACUGGGAAACGAGACGUUGGCUGCUGCCUUAUUGUAGGAUUGCAGAGAUGAAUUUUGAAAUAUUUAAUGCCAGUAGGAUGCAUCUAUGUAAAAGUGGGUAAAAAAGAUUAUAAUUGUCUUUUUUCAACAUACAAAUGGAUCAAUACCAAUUUAUAUAUGUAAGGUCAGUAUAAUUAAACUAAAAUUUUGGGACAAAUUAUCAGCAAAGAGAAGGUACAGCAGAAGACUAAGUUGCCAUGGUUAUCACAAGUGCAUUGCUGAAAAUAAAAUCAAUCCAAUUUUCAAACUCAGUUGGUAAUUUUCAGGUGACCCAAAGCUGCCUUUAAAGUUCUCCUAGAAAGCAUAAGAGUAGGAAGAUAAAAUAGAGGCGGGGUGAAAUCCAGCAGGUUCUGACAGGUUCUGGAGAAUUGGUAGCGGAAAUUUUGAGCAGUUCGGAGAACCGAUAGUGGAAAUUUUGAGUAGUUCAAAGAACUAACAAAUACCACCUCUGGCUGGACCCAGAGUGGGGUAGGAAUGGAGAUUUCGCAGUAUCCGUCUCCUGCCACACCAAGCCACACUACAUACACCAAGCCACGCCCACAGAACCAGUAGUAAAAAAAAAUUGGAUUUCACCACUGAAUAGAGGCCAAUGUGAGAAGGGCUAUCCGGGGUCAGUACUAUUUGCAUUUUUCUAAGUUACUUUUGUUUGUGGGUGUGGAAUGUGAGUUUCGUUUGCAAUACUGCAGAAAGUCAAUUUUAGACCUUUUCUGUGAUUCUUACCUCAAAAUACCAUGUAAAAAUGUAGCACUGACUUCUGCAACUUAGUUUGCAAAUUCUAGAAGUGAAACAAGAGGGUUCCAAGGACUUCUGAUUUCGACUUCUAUCGGUUUUUUUUUAACAGAAUUUACUUAUGACUAAUGAUGGUCAAUAUAUCUUUGGAAUAAUCUGCAAAAAAUAAAAGAAGAUAUGUUUUAUUUUGUGAUAUGGUUUUAUGGUUCGUAUUGUUUUUAUUGUUUUAUAUCUUUUUUUUUUGCUGUUUUCAUAUUGUUUUUAACUUUGUGAGC